AUGAGUUUUAGUAAAGAUGAACUUGUUGAUAUGAUAAUUGUGUUGGGCGAAAGCGAAAAAAAUUGUUUAGUAGCAAAAAAAGUCAAGCAGGGAUGUUUACAGUUACCAAGGGAAAAAGUAAUAGCCGUUGAUGAACAGAUGAUACCAUUUACAGGAACCUGUCAAAUGAAGCAGUUCGUUAGAGGAAAGCCAAAUCCAGAGGGUUUAAAAAAUUUUGUUGCUGCUGCUCCUGAUGGACUUGUAGUCGAUUUUGAAUUGUAUCAAGGGAAAAAUACUUUUCCAGAUGAAACAGUUAAAAGCCUUGGUGUUGGACCUUCUGCAGUCGUUCGCCUUACAAGGACACUAUUUCCUGGAACUCAUGUGUACUGCGAUAGAUAUUUCACAACAACACCACUACUCGAAUAUCUGCAUCAACAAGAAUUGAAUUGUACGGGAACGACCAUGAAAUCUCGUAUCCCGGCAGCAGUACAUUUAACUUCCGACAAAAUCAUGGCUAAAAUAAGUCGAGGUAGUUCGGAACAAAUAGUAAGACAAUAUGGCAAAGUAUUGGUUGUACAAUGGUACGAUUUAAAAUCUGUACUUUUAGCAUCUACUGGCCUAGGAAUGGAACCCACUGAUGAGUGUAAAAGGUGGUCCAAGAAAGACUCAAAAUACAUUCAGGUUUCAAGACCUUACAUCGUUGCUAAAUAUAAUGAUUGUAUGGGAGGAAUUGACCUGAUAGAUAGAAUGAUAAGCUAUUACCGAAUUCAGGCCAGAUCAAAAAAAUGGACUGUUGAGAGUAAUCCUACAUUUAUUUGA